AUGGGGCUGGCUGAGUCCGCCGUGCCGCCCGCCCUCCAACGGCCCGAGCAGUUCCGGCCCAAGAGGGCCUCCGUCCUCAUGUGCCUCUUCGAGGGCGACUGCGGCGAUCUCCGCAUCAUCCUCACCAAGCGCUCCUCCAACCUCUCCACCCACUCCGGUGAAGUGUCGUUGCCGGGGGGGAAGGCGGAGGAGGGCGAUGCGGACGAUCGCGAGACGGCCAUGAGGGAGGCCAAAGAAGAGAUAGGGCUGGAUCCAUCCCUCGUUACGGUCGUCACCGUUCUUGAACCCUUCUUAUCCAAGAGGUGA